CGUAAGCAGUGUGGUCCUUUCUGCGCCUGCCUGCCUGCCUGACUGACUGACAAGCACCGGGAGAAAGUUUGUCUGAGUUCUCGGUCAGCAUACUGCCAACAUGUCUGGAGAUGAUGAGACACAGGAGCAGACCAUCGCCGAAGACCUGGUGGUCACCAAGUACAAGAUGGGAGCAGAGAUUGCAAACCAGGCUUUGAAGAAAGUAGCUGAGGUGGCUGCAGCUGGAGUCUCCGUCUUAAGCCUCUGUCAGAAAGGAGAUGAGUUCGUCUUGGCGGAAACUGGUAAAAUCUUCAAGAAGGAAAAAGACAUGAAGAAAGGCAUCGCUUUCCCUACAUGCGUGUCGGUUAACAACUGCGUGUGUCACUUCUCCCCUCUGAAGAGUGACCCUGAUGUCAUACUGAAAGACGGGGAUCUUGUAAAAAUCGAUCUUGGGGUGCAUGUUGAUGGCUUCAUCUCAAAUGUGGCUCACAGCUUCAUUGUUGGAGCAACCAAGGAAAACCCUGUCACAGGGCGGAAAGCUGAUGUCAUCAAAGCAGCAUACCUGUGUGCAGAAGCUGCUCUCCGGCUCGUCAAGCCAGGAAACCAGAACACACAGGUAACAGAAGCCUGGAACAAGAUCGCCAAGUCGUUCAAAUGUUCCCCAAUCGAAGGCAUGCUGUCUCAUCAGCUGAAGCAGCACAUGAUCGAUGGGGAGAAAACCAUCAUUCAGAACCCAACGGACCAGCAGAGGAAGGACCACGAGAAGGCCGAGUUCGAGGUGCAUGAGGUGUAUGCAGUGGAUGUGCUGAUCAGCACCGGGGAGGGAAAGGCGAAGGAUGGCGGCCAGAGGACCACUGUUUACAAGCGAGACCCCAACAAGGUUUAUGGGUUGAAGAUGAAAACAUCCCGCACGUUCUUCAGCGAGAUGGAGAGGCGAUUCGACACCAUGCCUUUUACUUUGAGAGCAUUCGAGGAUGAAGGCAAGGCCAGGCUGGGGGUGGUGGAGUGCGCCAAACACGAGCUGCUGCAGCCGUUUGCUGUGCUGAACGAGAAGGAAGGGGAGUUUGUGGCCCAGUUUAAGUUCACUGUGCUGCUCAUGGCCAACGGACCUCUGCGGAUCACCAGCAGCCUCUACGAGCCUGAGCUCUACAAGUCUGAGCACGAUGUGGAGGAUCCAGAGCUGAAGGCUUUGCUCCAGAGCUCUGCAAGUCGCAAGACUCAGAAAAAGAAGAAAAAGAAGGCUUCAAAGACUGUAGAGGAUGCAACAGGACAAGCAAUGGAGACUGAAGCUGCCGAGUAAAUUUCAAAACAACAGAGACAGAAACCUGAUGACCCAAAGAACAGACGUCACGAUUCUUUCUGUCCCGGUUCUCUGAGGGACUGGAGGGCUUAGCUGCUGUCAAUACCUCUGAUGUUAGUCUGGGAGAAAGCUGCUCCUGAAUCCUGUCACUCCCAACAAAAACACACAGCAUGACAUUGAGAACCAGUCAUUCUAGAAAAACUUAUUUUAUUUUAUUUUUUACAUACUAGAACCGUCAUCCGCAUGAGUUUCAACAAAAACCAGAAGCGUAGUUUGAGGAUCUGCCUCCUUUGUUUCUGGUUUUGCUCCCUGAAAGACACAUUUUCUCCAGAAAUGCUCUCGGCGGAGUUGAAACAGCGAAACACAUGCAAAUAUACGCAACUGGUUAGCUUUCCCAGCUUGCUAUAUCAAUUUUGCACCAUAGCAAUAGUGAAAAAUGUGGUAAAUAAGUUUGAGCAAGAAUAUAGAUCAUCGUGCAUUCAGGGGAUUACAGGUGAAUCCAUAUCUUUACAAGGAGUGAUAACUUGUGGAUAAAGUCAAUGAAAUAAACAUUUUAUUACAGCUUUAGUUUCUGAUGAAUUAAGCAGAAUUACAGCAUUUACACUACCAUCAAUUAGGUCAUCCAUUUUUAAAACUGACACAUCGAGACUUGUCAUUUGAGUGAUGCAACAGUUUUCCUUCAUUGUGGGCAAAGUUUCAGCAGUCGGUUCUCUGGUACAACUGUAAGGUCGUCUGUUUUUACAUCUGUUCAAAUUAUGGCUGUUUUGUAAAUCCAAGUUUCAGAGACUAUUUUUGGAAAACAAUAAAGAACCACCUGACACCAA